CCUUCUUAUCUCGGUCUAAUCUCUCGCCUGCCGGACUAGCCCGCCAUAGAAACAAGUCUCUAUAUAUUGAUGGAAGCCGAUAACACUUUCAAAGUAACUAGAAAUUUCAGUCAUUCACCUUCAUAUAUCAUCGACCAAUUCCUAGGUUUUCAUUUUGACAUGGUGUUCAUCUAGGUCUAUGUACAACUCAAAGCUUGCAUUUUUGUUUUCCAUGGUUUGUAAAUAUCGGUGCGUGCUAAUUAACCUAGUGAGUGAUGAUGAUCGAUGGAUCAAUGCAUGCUGGUUGUAGGAGAGCUGCCCACACAUCCGUGUAUGACAAGAACCCAGAGGAUCAAGUCGCAUCGACCGUGGUCCCUGAUGAAGUGAUUGACGCUCCAUCCGACAAAUACUGGGCUCCCCACCCCAAGACCGGGGUGUUUGGGCCUGCGACUGACCAUCACCUCCGUGCCCACGGCGAGCUUCCUAAGCCUGGUGAUGCCGAGAACUCGGUGCUGGAGGACACUGCUUGGUUCCGCCCCACUAGCCUCGAGGAUCUUGAGAAGCCUCCUCACCAGUAAAUUAGUACAUGGGUCCAACCGCUAGCUAUCAUAUGCAAGCCACCUCGGUGUCAUCCUUGAGAAGAAUAAUUCGUUUGUAGCUGUAAUAUAUAUUUAAGUACUGAAGAUGUGGAUUUGAGCUUGAUAGCUUGCAAGUAUCGCUCCUACCCAUCAAAGUAGGAGCUACAUCUUGUACCUAUGGGAUUGUUGUAUUUUUCCUGGAGUUUGGUAUAAGAUGUUCGGAUGUGCCUACUUUAUUCUUCA